AUGGCCCCCCUGGCUCAGACCCUGGCACUGCUGGCAAUGGCCAUGGCCACCACAGCUGUUGAUGUGAUCCCCCUGGACAUGGCCCCGGACUCCUUUGAUGACCAGUACCAGGGCUGUGGCCCUGCCAUGAAGGAGGCAUUGCUGGCCCUCAGCGGGUUGGAGUUCAAGCAGAACAAGAACAUGUUCAAUGAUGCUGUGCACAUGGUUGGGCGUUCCAAGGAAUACCGGGACAACUUCCACUUCAAAACGCUGCAUUUCCUGCUGACCGAUGCCCUGGCCACUCUGAGGGACGCUCAGAAAGGGCAGUGUUGGGAUGCGUUCCUGAAGGCGUGUGAAACCCCGUUGGAGGCACAGCUCGGUGACACCGUUCGGUUCGGUCUAUUCGUGCCGGUGUUCCCAAGCAAACCAAUUGGCGAGUGCUCUAGUUCCACAAUGCUAGAGCUGCACACGUGCCAUGGUGUGGAAAUCCAGAUUUUCACCGAACACCCAGAAGUUAAGAUUGUGCUGAUCCCACCCUUUGAGACCUUCAAGGUCACCCAAUACACUCGGGAAGGGGACAAGAAACAGAUCCAGUUCCGCUCCACUGGGACCUUCAGCAAAUACAACUGCGAGUGGCUGGGAGCUGUCACUUCAGGUGACAGCCUGGGGGAACGGGGACACCCAUGA